AUGGAGUCACAGGAGAGGUCACCCAAGGCCAAGGAAGCCCAUGCCGACGACGGCAUCACUAUCGCUGAGCUGCCGAGCCCCCGCCCCGGCGAGGGUCCGAAGAAGGAGAGGCUGCUCGACUUCCUCAGGGCCGCGCCCUCCAAGGGCGCCGUCCUCGCUCGCGUCGCCAGCCUCCGCACGCGCGCGGCGUACAGCAACUUCCUCCGCUCGCCGCCGGUCGCGCGCGCCGUUGACUGGCGCCGGGUGCGGGACAGGGGCGUGGCGUGGGCUAGGCAUCCCAUGAACGCCGCGCUGCUCGUGUGGUUCGCCUUCGUUGCUGCGGGGGUGGUCUUCGUGCUCCUGCUCAUGGUGGGGGCGCUCGACUCCGACGUGCCAGACGCGUCGCGCCGGCGGCGGUGGACGGAGGUGGCCAACCAGAUGCUCAACGCGCUCUUCACCAUCAUGUGCGUCUACCAGCACCCGCGACUCUGCCACCAUCUCGCGCUCCUCCUCCGGUGGCGCGCCCCCGCCGACGUCGCUGAGCUCCGGGCCGUGUACUGCAAGAACUGCGCCGGGGGCGUCAGGCGCGAGCGCCUCCACGUGGCGGUCGUCGUGCUCCUCCUGCAUGCCACCUGCUUCGCGCAGUACGCCUACUGCGCGCUCUUCUGGCUCUUCCGCAACGACAGGCGCCCCGGCUGGGCCGUUAACCUCUUGAUGGCGCUCGGCUCCGGCACCCCCGUCGUCGCCUGCCUGUACAUGGUCUACGGCCCGCUCGGACAGAAGAUCGCGCUCCCGGACUCUGUCGACGAGGAGGCCGCGACGGUGAAGGAGAGCGCCGUGGCCCGAUACGAUCGUACGGGCAGCGGCAGAGUGGUGGUCAGCAAGCCGGAGUGGGCCGGCGGGCUGUUCGACCUCGCCGACGAUCCCACGGUGGCGGCGAUGUCGCUGUCGUGCACCUUCUGCGUGUUCGGGUGGAACAUGGAGCGCCUGGGCCUGGGCAACAUGUACGUGCACGCCUUCACCUUCGCGCUCCUCUGCGCCGCGCCGCUGCUGGUCUUCGCGGUCGCCGCGCUCAGCAUCCGUGACGCCACGCUCGGGUACCUCGUCGGCGCCGCGGGCGCGCUGCUCUCCGUGCUCGGUCUCACUUACGGGGGGUUCUGGCGAACGCGGAUGAGGAAGAGGUUCGGGCUGCCGGCUGACGACCGGUUCUGCGCUCCCGUGUGCGGCGGACGGCGUACCACGGUGGCGGCGGCGGACUACGCCAAGUGGCUCUUCUGCGCGCCGUGCGCGCUGGCGCAGGAGGUGAGGACGGGCAACUUCUACGACGUGGAGGGCGACGGUUUAUACGUGAAGGGAGAAGGUGGCGUGGAAGAAGAAAGGAGGCCGGCAAUGGCGCCCCUUGAGAGGGAAGGGAGCCUCGCGGCAUUGAUGGAGGCCGAGAAGACCGGCGAGCGUCUCCAUGCACCACCGGUGCCCAUGAGGGUAGAGACUAGAGACAAAGGAAGUACGUCUAUCUGCACGUCUGUCUGAUCAAGAAAAUGGUUAUUAUCAGACCACGGUGGUUUCAAGACAUCUAGGGCUAGAAUUUGAGCCGAGCCGAGCCAAGCAAGAUCGCUAUAUUUAAAGUCAGCUGGACUUGUGUAA